AUGACCGUAAGCUCACAAAGAAGGUCGAUGGACCUUUCUUAUGACCCUGGUGGGUCGUCACUGCAGUUGCCGGGCAUCGUGCACGUCGAUCGCAACUGGUUCGCGACGUCCAAAGACCCCAUCGGCACAGUGGUGACGCGAGUUCACAACGAGAUUACCGGCAAUGAGACGGUGAGGUACGGUCUCGAGACGAGUGGCCCGCCAGCGCCGUUUAAAAUCGACUCCCAGACUGGAGUCGUCACGGUCAACGACACGCUUAUUGAUAAGGAAAACCAAUCCUACUCAUUAUGGGUGACGGCCGACGACGGCUCAAUACCGCAGCGUCUAGAAGUCCUGGCCACAAUAACAGAUAGUACGGGCCAAAGACCGAAGCUACCUCGCCCACCGCCAUUCGGCCUGCCAAACUACCCGAACAUACCUGAUCUGUCUAAUCUACCGCAUCUGACAAAGUUCACAAGGACCACGCCGAGAACAACCAAAGCGACCAGGGGCUAUGUCGAGGAGGUAACGGUACCUGAAACCACCCCUGAAUUUAGAGCACCCCAGGCUGACCCACCUCAGAACAAAGAUCACGAUGAAAUCAAAAACAACACUAAAGUCAACGAGACGCAAAUCGGGAGUGACGUGUCGCUAACAGUUAUACCGCUUGUCGCUAUUGGAGGUUUAGUAAUCAUAGUGGCAGCUGUCAUUAUCUUCGUUUGCAAGAAGAAUAGCUCCAAUGGAUCGAAAAGCAAAAAGGACGAUAUGAGCAAAGACUCGAGUGGCAUCGUCCUUCAGGACGCGUCAAUCAACAUGUGGGACAGACCACGUGCUUAUUCUAACCGAUACGAGUCCUGGGAUAACGGUCAUUUGCAGCUCUCUGAGGAAACAACGAUCAGCAAGGAAGACCCACCCGACGAGUGGGAGUUUCCAAGGCAUCGGCUCAAAAUCUUUAACAUCUUGGGAGAGGGCGCUUUCGGCCAAGUGUGGAGAGCGCAGGCUACUGACAUCGAUGGUAAGAAAGGCGAGCAGACAGUAGCCGUGAAAACCCUGAAGGAAAACGCGUCGGAGAAAGAGCGGAGUGACUUAUUGCAGGAGCUGAUUGUGAUGAAGAAUUUGGGAACGCACCCCAACGUCGUAAGGCUGAUAGGGUGUUGUACAGAAAAGGAGCCCACGCUGGUGAUAAUGGAGUACGUGAGCUUGGGCAAGCUGCAGCAGUUCUUGCGGGAGUCAAGAGCCGGCCGUCACUAUGGCAACACGCAUGCCGGCAGCCAGUUCCUCACGUCUCGCGACCUCACGCACUUCGCGUUCCAAGUGGCGCGAGGCAUGGACUUCUUAAGCUGCAAAGGGAUAAUUCACCGAGAUCUGGCGGCCAGGAACGUCCUCAUAACGGAGGAGAGGACGUGCAAAGUCGCGGACUUUGGGCUUGCGAGGGACGUCGCUGGCACCCAUGUUUACGAAAGAAAAAGCGACGGCCGAUUACCCAUUAGAUGGAUGGCUCCGGAGUCUCUCUACGACGACAUAUUUAGCGUCAAGUCGGACAUCUGGAGUUUUGGUGUGCUCCUCUGGGAGAUUGUGACCCUCGGAUCAACCCCUUAUCCAGGAUUAUCCGCUGGUGACGUCAUGCGGAAGGUGCGCGACGGCCACCGCCUGGAGAAACCGGAGCACUGCAGGAGGGAGCUGUACAACAUCAUGUACUACUGCUGGGAGGCGGAGCCAAGCUCCAGGCCCGACUUCAAGGAGGUGGUCGGGAUGCUGGAGCGCCUGCUGUGCACAGAAAUGGACUACAUAGAGCUGGAGAGGUUCCCUGACCAUUCGUACUACAACGUCCAGAACUUGGAGGGCGAGAAGGUU